UGAUGAUCCUGAAACUCCUGCCUGGUUCACGAAGUUUAAGAUUGUCCAAGGGAAUGAUGGGAAUGUCUUCAAUGUGUCAACUGCCCCCGGUGGCCUGGAUGGCGUUGUCACUCUAAUAAAGGAGCUGGACUUUGAGAAGAAGAACAAAUACACGCUGAUGGUUACAGUGGACAAUGAAGCUCCAUUUGCCAUCCUGCUGCGCACAGCCACAGCCACAGUGGUGGUGAAUGUGGAGGAUAAGAAUGAAGCUCCAGUGUUCAAUCCACGCGAGAAGCAUGUGUCUGUGGAAGAGAACUUGGCUGUGAAUGAGAUAGUGACUCAGUAUACAGCAACCGAUCCAGACACUCGCAUGAAACAGACAAUAGAGUAUAGAAUGGUUCCAGAUCAACUUGGAUGGCUAGCUAUUAAUAAAACUACUGGCUACGUCACUGUUAAGAGCAAAAUGGGCCGAGAAGAAUCCUCUCUUAUUGAUGGCAAAUACAAAGCUCUGGUUCUUGCUGUUGAUAAUGGUGCCCCUCCUACCACAGGGACUGGGACAUUGAUUGUGGACCUGAAGGAUGUGAAUGAUAAUGCCCCAACAAUCGACCAAAGAGAGAUCCGUAUCUGUAACAAGGACCCCGAGCCAGUGUUGCUCUCCGUCAGUGACAAGGACGGGCCUCAGUUUGGCCCCCCCUUCAGAGUGGAGCUUCGGGAUAAAUCCAGCAACAACUGGACUGCAAAAAUGAAUGAAAGCAAUACAGGCAUUAUACUUGGAUUAAAGGAACAGUUGCCACAGGACAAGUACAUUGUGGUCCUAAGGGUCUUUGACAGUAAUAACCGUUAUACAGACAAUACUCUCGCUGCUGAAGUCUGUGACUGCACCGGAAAUGACGUUUCUUGUGACAACAAAUAUGAGCUGCCCACAGCCACUGCGACGGUUGUGGUGAAUGUGGAGGAUGAAGAUGAGCCUCCACCUGCAUAG